AAGCUAUGAUAAAGAGAAGCCAAGCCUUUGAGACUGGAACGCUGAAAUCUUAUAACAUCAGAUAGGUGAAACAGACAGUCGACAAAAUCCACUUAGGACUGGGAACGGAACGACUAACGGACACUUUUUCUCUCUCCAGGUCUCCAUCAGUUGGCAUCCAAGGAAUGCGUGGCAUGAUUUCAUCCAGUUUUAUUCUUUUACUUGGAUCUGUUUUGACGUUCGCCGAGGAUGCAGGUGCUGACUCUCCGCCAAUGCAUGAUUCUGGCCUGCUGUCGCCGCCGCCGCCGCAUUCUGCUGCGUUGCAACAAGGGGAAGUAGCUAACCCUCCGCCUGACGGGCUAGCGCGCGAUGCUUACAUGUUGUCGGAUGACCAGGGUCUAGAACGCCUGCUCAGCAGUGAUUCUUCUAAUACGGACUCUAGCCAGCCGUAUACACAACUUCUCGAUGAUGAACUGCUACAGAGAAUUAAGCAAUUGGUUCAACAGGAACAGAAAAGACUAGCAUGGAAUAGGAGAUCUUAUGCCCCCAUGUUUGUGGGGAAAAAAGCAGCGCCUUUAUUUAUAGGAAAGAAAUCAGCACCUUAUUUUGUUGGGAAGAAGUCUGCUCCUUAUUUUGUCGGCAAAAGAGCCGUUCCUUACUUUGUUGGCAAGAAAUCAGCUCCAUACUUUGUCGGCAAAAAGGCCGUACCGUACUUUGUGGGAAAGAAAUCUGCACCUUACUUUGUGGGCAAAAAGGCCGCUCCUUAUUUUGUUGGCAAAAAAGCUGUACCUUAUUUUGUUGGCAAGAAGGCAGCCCCUUACUUUGUGGGCAAAAAAGCUGUUCCUUACUUUGUGGGCAAGCGAGCUGUUCCUUACUUUGUGGGCAAAAAGGCCGCUCCAAUGUUUGUGGGAAAGAAAUCUGUUCCGAUGUUUAUUGGGAAGAAAGCAGCACCUAUGUUUGUUGGCAAAAAGGCUGCACCGAUGUUCGUCGGCAAGCGGCGUUUAGCGGAUAUUCUCGACAACCUAUCCGGUUCCAAUAUGCAAGAACUGUCUAUCGGCCAGACCCCAAGGUCUUUAGACCCUCUUCGGCUAACCUGGCUUCAGCCCUUAUCCAGCGAAACUUAGACCUACAUAGUAUUGAGGGGCCAUCGGCAGGGGCUGAAAACAGCCAAUGGGAUUUCCAGGACACGGAACCACGUGACCCCCGCCUUCUGGCCGCUCCUCAGGCCUUUGGUUUCCUAGGAAAACCGGAAGGGGAUGCCCCUUUAUCUAAG